CAGAGAAAUGUUUGGUUAUAGUUUGAUCUUGCUCGGGUGACCUUUCUGCAAUGCGGCUGGUGGAUGCGCCCCGGUACAUCAUGGCGCUGCCUAUGCUGGGGCUGGCAGUGUUGCAAUGUGGGGCCUACUCUAUUCUGUGGACCUCGUGGCGACUGGUGUCUCUCUGUCUGCCUAGCAAGUACUAUCCGAAGGGGGAUGACUUUCUGUUUGAGAGAUACCAGCAGCUCAUCAUAUUCAUCAUCGAGAGCUGUGCCGGAGCUCAGCUAGUACUGUACGGUGAUGGGAAAGAAGUGCUGAAGAAGAGAGAGAAUGUCAUCUGGCUCUCAAAUCAUCAGAGUGCAGCCGACUGGGUUGUGUGUGAGAUAUUAGCUCUCAAUCAGGGUUCUCUGGCAGGAGUGCGAUACAUUCUCAAGGACACCAUCAAGUACAUGCCCAUUUUCGGAUGGUACUUUCCCCAGCACAACUGUGUCUACGUCAGACGCACUGGCACUCCCAAAGACAUCGAGGAUAUCGAGAGACAGCUGCAGGUGUAUCCGAGGCUGCAGAUGCCAGUGUGGUUGGUGAUAUUUCCAGAGGGAACCAGAUACAACCCAGACAAGCCCAAAGUAGUUCAAAAGAGUCAGCAGUUCGCACACAAAUUAAAUCUGCCAGUGCUGAAACACCACUUGACGCCUCGAGUUAAAGCAGCUUUUUUGAGUGUACAGCAGUUACGUAACUAUGCGGAUGCAGUCUAUGACGUCACCAUUGGUUAUGAGGAGCGCUAUUUGCCCACCAAUUUAGCAAUCAGAAACAGCAACAUUAGCUUCACAGACUUCGGCAUGGGUUUCUACAAUAGAGUGCAUGUGAAAGUGACCAGAAUAGACAUCAGAGAUGCCCCUGAAACGGAAGAGGAGUUCCAGACAUGGCUGCAUGACAAGUUCCAGCAGAAAGACAAAGACCUGGACCAUUUCUACAACAGUGACAUGGGCAAGGCUAGAAGAUUCGCGGGCCAAUCAUACCUGUGUCCCAGAUCCACCUUCACCACACUGCAAAGUGUCUGCUUCUGGGCCGUGUCUUCUGCCGCCAUUCUCAUGACGUCACCUGGCGCCUGGCUGUGGAACCGCAGCUGGGCUGGCAUCCUCCUCGGAGGCACUGUGUACGCUGUGCUGAAGAAGUAAAGGUGAAGCGUAGCCACUGAUGAUGAUGCUGCUGUUGUUGUCCGAUCAGGAGGUGCCAAUCAACUUAUCAACUUGGUUGUCAUCGUUUCAUAUGGUGCACUGAAGUGUAUGAACUCUGUUCUGUCCUCACGACAUUAUUCCUUAAACGUUUUCUUUGUUUGAAUUAUGGAUGGAUAUGAUUUGAUUGCUAUUGACGAUGAUGAUGAUGAUGAUGAUGAUGAUGGUUUUGAUGCUCAUCUGAUUAGUAAUUAAUAUCUUAAUUCAA